CAUGACUUCAUUCAAGGAAGACGUUCCCAGCUUUUUCGUUCGUUCUGAAGAUCUCGUUUGCUGUUGCCGUCAUUGCCAGUCUACUCGAACUCCACGAACAGCUAAAAUUUUACGUUGCCUACCAAACAGUAUCGACUCCCCUCAACCGGCAACACAAUUUCCUAUUUAUAUCAACCGAAAAGUUACACGUGAUACUGGAGUUCAAACUGAAACCGAAGACGAGACUGGAAUUGGUAGCUCAGUAGCCAGCAUGCCUGAUACCGCACCAAAAGCUAACAAGAGAACAUCUCUGCUUCGUCGAUUAUUUCGAUCAAAGGAUGCUUCCUCUCAUGCCGAGUCAUCAUUUAUGGAUACAACACUUGGAGCCACUACUGAGGACGAAUUAUCCUCCUCUAGAUACAGAAAGAGGAGUCGAUUUUCUUUUGCUAGUAAUCCAACAAGUAAACGAGAGAAGAAAAAUUUUGAACAUAAACGCCAAAAGUCAAUUGUAAGAAGAAUGAGAGCGAUAAAAAGACAACUCAUGGGUGAACCAACAAACGAAUCUUAUCGUAUUUAUCCUAUGGCUUUGUUAUAG